CUACAUCUCAUCUUCUCUAGGUCCUACGAAGGAGAACCUACAAAGCACCUACAAGUUCAUUUGCAUCAGAGCAGAGGAUGAAUGGCAGCCUGCCCUAUUAUGCCCCCGGGGCUUUACAAAGAGCCAACGGAUCUGACGGUGAAGCUCAGAAACAGGACGGGAGGCUGCCAAAAUCAAAUAAUUACGCAGGUUGAAUCAGGUGUGGCUCCUGCUUGACUGUGAAACUCAGAUGAAGAGAUCAGACUCAAGACCCGGCCUUGCUUCCAUGAAGAGUGAAGAGUCUAUGGCGUUACCACUGGGAUUUAAAGAGAUGAGAGAACCCACACUGGAAUGUUUAAUUUUCAGUGUCCUACAGCAAGCAAGAGAGAAAACUGGACCGAAAGUCACUGAUACAGGAUGUAAUGAUGUAACUACUGAACCUCAUCUUCAGGAGAGAUACAGAUUAAAUCUGUUAAAGACGUUUCAGCAAAUAAACGAGGUGAUAAUAAAACAGGGAAACCCAUCACUCAAUGAGAUCUACACAGAGCUCUACAUCACAGAAGGAGACAGUGGAGAAGUCAGUAAUGAACAUGAGGUGAGGCAGAUCGAGGCAGCAUCCAGAAGAGCAGCAACAGAGGAAACACCGAUCAAAUGUAAUGACAUCUUUAAGCCUUUACCUGAAGAAGACAAACCCAUCAGGAGCGUUCUGACAAAGGGAGUCGCUGGCAUUGGAAAAACAGUCUCUGUGCAGAAAUUCAUUCUAGACUGGGCUGAAGGGAAAACAAAUCAGGAUGUUCAACUCAUAUUUCCACUUCCUUUCAGAGAGCUCAAUCUGAUGAAGGAUCAAACACUGAGUCUGAUGGAGCUUCUUCAUUUCUAUUUUAAGGAGAUAAAAGAAACAAACAUUUCCAGCCUGCACAAAGUUCUGUUUAUUUUUGAUGGUUUGGAUGAGUGUCGUUUCCCUCUGAACUUCCAGAACACAGCGAGAGUGAGUGAUGUAACUGAAUCAGCAUCAGUGGAUGUGCUGCUGAUUAAUCUGAUCAAAGGGAAUCUACUUCCUUCUGCUCUCAUCUGGAUCACCUCCAGACCUGCAGCAGCUGAUCAAAUCCCCUCUGAGUGUGUUGAUCGAGUCACAGAGGUACGAGGGUUCAAUGACCCACAGAAGGAGGAAUAUUUCAGGAAGAGGAUCAGAGAUCAGAGCCUGAGCAACAGAAUCAUCACACACUUAAAAUCAUUAAGAAGCCUCUACAUCAUGUGUCACAUCCCAGUCUUCUGCUGGAUUUCAGCCACUGUUCUAGAGAGUCUGUUGGGUAAAGCAGAGAAUGGAGAGAUCCCCGAGACUCUGACUCAAAUGUACACACACUUCCUCAUCAUUCAGACAAACAUCAUCAAGAAAAAGUACACAGAGAGCAGAGAGACAGAUAAAGAAAUGGUCCUGAAACUGAGUAAACUGGCUUUUCAGCAGCUGAUGAAAGGCAACCUGAUCUUCUAUGAGGAAGACCUGAUGGAGUGUGGCAUCGAUGUGACAGAAGCAUCAGUGUAUUCAGGUGUGUGUACACAGAUCUUCAGAGAGGAGUUUGGGCUUCACCAGAGUAAAGUGUACUGCUUUGUUCAUCUGAGCAUUCAGGAGCACCUCGCAGCUCUGUAUGUGCACCUGAAAUUCAUAAAUCAAAAGAAAAAUGUUUUUAAAAAGCCAAUAUUUCCUUUUUUCUGGCUAAAAUUUAAACUCUCAGAUGUACACAAGUGUGCAGUAGUUCAGGCUUUACAGAGUAAAAAUGGACAUCUGGAUCUUUUCCUUCGCUUUCUUCUGGGUCUCUCACUGAAGUCCAAUCAGAACCUCUUACAAACUCAAAAUAUAGUGACAAAGACAAAAAGUAUCUCCCGCAGUAAUCAGGACACAGUUCAUUUCAUCAAGGAGAAGAUCAGAGAGAAUCCCUCCACAGAGAAAUCCAUCAAUCUGUUCCACUGUCUAAAUGAACUGGAAGAUCAUUCUCUAGUUAAGGAAAUCCAAUGUUACCUACAGUCUGGAAAUUUACAGCAUAUUGAACUUUCUCCUUCUCAAUGGUCAGCUGUGGUGUUUGUGUUACUGACAUCAGGGCAGGAACAGGAUGUGUUUGUCCUGAAUAAAUAUAUUAACAAACACUGUACAUCAGAGGAUGUUCUUCUGAAGCUCCUGCCUGUGGUUGCAGCCUCCAGAAAAGCUGAGUAAGUAAUAAUAAAUAAACUCUUACAACAUUCU